CACUAAUCAGCAAUCACUCACAUCUCUCUCUCUUACUCACUUUGCUGCAGCUUUUUGGUAUUUGUUCUUUCUAUCUUAAACCCCAUUGGAGCUGAACACGCACCCCCAUCAUCAUUUUGAUCUCCCUCUCUCUCAUCUCUGUAACCCAAUUAGAUAAGAAAGAGAUCAGAACUAGACAUUUCACUGCUCUCUUCUCUCUCUCUCUCUCUCUAGACAGUAGAAACCUUUCUUCUUUUAUGAACACAACAAAUGAAAACUCUAAAUAUGGGUAACUUCGUAUCCUUGAAUUAGAUACAACAGAAGAAAGAAAGAAAAAGAAGGUGUUAGAAAAGAAAGAAAACACUACUACUACAAAUACAGGUCCUUUGUGGAAGAGAGUUAAAAUGGAAAAUGAAGAACAACAACAUCAACACCAGAAUCACCAGAACAAUCACAACAACAUGAAUGGGAGAGGACAGAACGGUAGUAGUAACAAUUACUCAUGGGAUUUUUGGGAACUAGGGACAAAUUCUUGGAGCAACAACAAUUCUUACACUAAUACUAGUAACGAGGACAAGUAUAAUAAUAAUACAUCCAGGACUACUGCUACAAUGUUCUCUAAUAACCCUACUUCUUCUCAUUCACAAACCCAACACCUAAAUCUACAUCCAAACCUACAUUACCAUAAUCAUCAGCAGCUGCAUCAUAGUUUGUACACUGGAGGAGGAUCCAAUUUACACCCAGACCCGCAUUUGACAUGUCUGAAGCUUGGGAAGAGACAGUAUUUUGAGGAUGUUAAUAAUGGUGGACCAACAGUGAUGGGUGAUAGACACGUGUCUGGAUUCCCAAUGGGUUUGAUGAAAAGAGGAAGAUCUUAUGAUGGUGUUGAUGUUGCUGUUCUAGGUGGUGGACCAUCUUCUUCAUCAUUAUCAUCAAUUGGUGUUGGAUUGAUUGGUUCAUCAACUGUUGUUGUUCCCAGAUGUCAAGUUGAAGGUUGUCACGUUGCUUUGAUUCAUGCUAAAGAUUAUCAUCGUAGGCAUAAAGUUUGUGAGAUGCAUUCUAAAGCACCUAAAGUUGUUGUUCUUGGGAUUGAACAAAGAUUUUGCCAACAGUGUAGCAGGUUUCAUGUGAUAUCAGAGUUUGAUGAUUCAAAGAGGAGUUGUAGGAGAAGAUUAGCUGGGCAUAAUGAAAGAAGGAGAAAGAGUUCUUCUAGUGAUGCUACUUCCUCCAGAAACUCUUCUUCUCAAGAAUCUAGAUCGACAGAUGGGAGAAUCUCAUAUAUCUCGCCAACAAAUGGACGUGUUCACUCUCUUCUGUCAUCUAAGUCCAAUUCUUGGGUAUCGCCAUCUGAUCUCUCUACUCGAUCCAGUGCUGCACUUCGAGAAUUGAUUGAUGAAAAUCGUGCUGCUGUCCUUGCUCGACAGCUCCUCCUUGACCAAAACUGGCAUCAACAAGGAAUGGACCAUACAAAUCAUAAUUCCCAAGUGGAAAUCCUCUCAACAGUUCCCCUCCAAAACCAAUUCCCCGGGUCAUCCAACUGGAAUCGUUUUCAACAAUCAGAUGCACAUGUGACCCUUGACCUUAUGCAGACACCAAGUCCACCUUUUGGAUUCUUAUCAGGUAGGUCGAAAACUAAGGAAGAAGAGGAAGAAUGUUGCGAGAUAUGGAAGUCUUUGGAGGGAACCCAUGUUGUGUGAAGAUUCAAAAGUAUGUUGUUAACUUUCAGGCGUUCUCGUUAUUAUUCGUGUCAUUACUACCUCUCUUUAUUUGAAACUCAAAACAAAAUUGUUCAGUGUCUCGCUUUGCUAGAACAGCAAUUCAGACUGAUCUAGCAUGCUAUUUUAAACUUACUUGUAACUGGUUGAUCAAUUCAACCAUGAAGGGAGGAAGAUCAACUUGUCUACUAUUCUAAGUUGUAUAUCAUCCAAUUAAAAAAUUUGGAUGAUUUGUUGUAACUUUGUUUGUAAUAAAUGAGGUUGUUUUCCUUUUCUUUCUUCU